AGCACAUACCCACCGUGUGACACCCUCCCAGAGUCCCAGUCAUCUGCAGGCCUCGCCCUCUCCACUCCCCCUGGGCAGUCUCAGGCGGUCUCUGACUGUCUCUCACUCUGUGCUGGCAGUCAGUCUCUGCUAUUCAGAGACAUCAAGAUGGACCCAGCCGCUCCCGCCACCCGGAUGACCUCCUCUUUCACCAUCAACAUCUCCACCCCAUCUUUUUACAACCAGCCCAAAAAGUUUGCUCCAGUGGUGCCCCCUAAGCCUAAGGUGAACCCAUUUAAAGCGGCUGAGGAAGGAGACCCCAAGACUAACUCUGCUGGCCUCCAGGAUAGCGCAACCGCCCCGCGUGCUUUUUUGGGGAGAGUUGGAGAAAUCCCAUCCUUACCGCCACCUGAGCAUGAGGAAUUCAUUUUGCCACCUCCUCCACCCAACGAUGACUCUGUCAUGAGCCCCACCAUGUCUUUCCCACCUCCUCCACCUUCCUUUGGGGAUGACAUCCUUGGUUCCCCCACAUCCAGCUUCCCUCCACCUCCACCACCUGAAUUUGCCGAGCCCUUUCCACCUCCUGCUGAAGAGUUCUUCCCUUCACCACCUUCCCUGGAGGAAACAAGCCUUGUUAGUGGAACUAGCGACAUCCAGGUCACACCACCACCACCACCACCUCCACCAGCUCCUCCAGUGGUCACUCCAAAACCACCUGCCCCAUCUUCUUUUUCACCUAAGCCAACUGUGCCUUUAACAUUUACACCUAAAACCCCAGCAACCACAUUUAGCCCUAAGCCUGUUGCCCCUCCUUCUGUUAGCCCUAAACCUAACAAUCCUAUCCCAGUUGCACCAAAACCGGCAGCGCCAGUGGCAGUUUCACCCAAACCUUCUGUACCUAACACAUUUAUUCCAAAGGUUCCUGCCCCUUAUACAUUUUCUCCUGCACAGUCUUCUAACCCACCGCCUGCUCCUUCCUUUUCUCCUAAGCCGGUGAGUGCACCAACUUUCUCCCCAAAACCGGCUCCAUCUCACACAUUCACCCCAAAACCUUCUGCCCCCCACACAUUCACACCCAAACAGAUAGAACCAGCAUCAGAAUCUUCACGCCCACAACAGAAGUUUCCCACAUCUCAGCCCAGUGCCACCAGAGUGGACCCUCCUGCUCCUUCCGCAACUUCGUCUAGAGGGCCAUCAGGAUUUAACUUUGCACAGCAACGUGAAAAGCCUCAAGUGCUUGAAAAAGCUAGACCUGACCCUGAAGGGUCACAGAAAGAGAAUGGAAGAAUUGUUGUGCCCCAGGCUGAGAUCAACAGGAAUUCUGGGUCACAGAUGGAGAACUUUAGGAACCACCAAGGAAUAAAAUCCAAUGGAGCACCAUCAGAAGGCUAUCAGUCUUUGAAAAUACAGUCGGAUGCAACCCAAAGAAAAUCUCCUCAACCCAACAUGCAAAGACCUCCCGAGCCUGAUCGGACUGGACAGGGAUUGAACAUGAAAGAAGUGGAAGAGUUGGAAAUGUUGACCCAGCAAUUAAUGCGGGAGAUGGACAAACAGCCAACAGCAGAAUCCCAUACCAUGGAUCGCUGUAAACUGUGUGGCCAGGGAUUGUCCAGGACGGAGACGGUGGUGAGGGCCGGGGAGCACCUGUACCACGUCCACUGUUUCACCUGCACCAAGUGUGAGCAGCAGCUACAGGGGCAGCAGUACUACGAGUGUGAAGGGCGGCCCCUCUGCGAGGACUGCUACCAGGACACGUUAGAGCGCUGUGCGGUGUGUGAGAAGAAGAUAACAGAGCGUUUGCUGAAGGCCAUGGGAAAGGCCUAUCACCCAGAGUGCUUCACCUGCGCCGUCUGCAGUCGCGCGCUCCAGGGCGAGCCUUUUAUUGUGGAUCAGAAUAACCUGCCGCAUUGUGUUGCCGAUUACCACAGGAAGUAUGCUCCUCGCUGCUCCGUUUGUGGAGAACCAAUUGCCCCAGAGCCUGGACGGGAUGAAACCGUAAGGGUGGUGGCACUGGAGAAGAACUUCCAUAUGAUGUGCUACAAGUGUGAGGACUGUGGUUGCCCUCUUUCCACCGAUGCCGACGACUCCGGUUGCUUCCCGUUGGACGGACACGUUCUGUGCAAAAAAUGCCACACAGUGAGGGCUCGGGCUGCCAUGUAACAUUGCCUAUGUAGGUCGCUCCUAGAUACAAGCUCCAGCUUCGUCCACCAAAGACUCUUGGAGCGACUGACCGCUCCGUCCUCCUCUCUGCAGCUGCUGCUUCCGAUGUAGUUCAGUGUUACGGUUUAUUAACCGGUUUACCGCUUCUGCCGCGGAGACUUCUAGAUAACUUCUGGUUUUGCCGUCACUUCGCUGCUAACCACUAGUUAGUCCUUUUCGCUUACCUGCCCGACCGCCUGCCUGCCACACAAUGUCUUUUAUGUGUUCGUGCUGAAAUGCCAUUUUUUUUAUUAGAUUUUUUUGUACUCCCCCCCCCCCCCCCAAUCUUGUGACUGAAGUAGAAAUUUUCUUGGACUGGAUGGAAUUUUUGGGUAAAACUGGUGGGAGCCCUCAUCGACAGUGCUUGUUCCACCCACUCAUCGGAAAUUUGGACCAUGUUACUAGGUUCUCCCAAAAAAAAACAACACUUCUCCCUAUACAAAAAUCUCCAGUCCUUUCCUACAUUGAGACUAUGAAUUUGGGGUUCAGUUCUUUCCCUACCGCUCCGUCAGGGGUCACCGCCCGGCUCCUCGAAGAAUGACUGAAGGAUAAUUGUUUUGUAGGAUUUUUCCAUUUUCUGGGAGAGAUGCGUCUCCUUCGGUCCUGAGGGUCUCCGCUCGCGUGUUUG